CACUAGUUAGUUAGUUGCUGCUUGGUGCAUUCGGGUUGAACGAUCCGGUGAGGUGCAAACUAUCAAUAUUAUAUCCACUAUAUACAUACUAAUAUACCCCUUCCGUUUGGUCCAGACCGCACAAUAAGAUACAAAGAUGCCUGGAGAACACAUUCAGAAUCAAAAUGACACCCAAGAGGUGCACCGAGAGGGUCUAGUAGAAGCACAACUAGUCCUUGAGGAUGGUACGGUGUUCCAAGGAUUCUCCUUUGGAUCCGAACGCUCCACUGCUGGUGAAGCCGUAUUCCAGACUGGAAUGGUCGGAUACCCUGAAGCCAUGACAGAUCCCUCAUACGAAGGCCAAAUUCUCACACUCACAUAUCCUCUGGUUGGUAACUACGGUGCUCCCGGAAAGGACGCCGAUGAAACGGGCCUACCCAUGAAGCUUGAAUCAGAGCGCAUUCACAUCGCCGCGCUUGUGUGCCAGGAGUACUCGUUCGUCUACUCUCACUGGCAAGCAACCCAAUCCCUGCGCGACUGGUUGGUCGCCGAGGACGUGCCAGCCAUCUUUGGUAUCGACACACGUGAAGUGACCAAGAAGAUCAGAGAAACCGGCUGCAUGCUGGCCAAGAUCCUGGUUGGCAAGGACAUACAACAGAAUACCAUCGAAUUCUACAACCCUAACGAUGAGAACCUCGUAGCUAAGGUUUCUCAGCGAGAGGUCAAGACAUACAACCCACCCCAGGGUACCGCCACGCGUGCGAGCAUUCUGUGCGUCGACGUGGGUAUGAAAUACAAUCAGAUCCGUUGCUUCGUUGAACGCGGAGCUAAGGUCACUGUGGUCCCCUGGGAUCACGCCUUUGCACAGAUGAUGGCAACAGACGACUACGACGGACUCUUCAUCUCCAACGGUCCUGGCGAUCCCACCAUGUGCGAUGCGACCAUUGAAAACGUCAAGCAGGUGAUCGAGCAGAACAAAAAACUUUCCGCGCCAAAACCCAUAUUCGGUAUCUGCCUGGGUCACCAGAUCCUGUCUUUGGCCGCAGGAGCCGAAACAUCGAAGAUGUUGUUUGGUAACAGAGGACAUAACAUCCCCUGUUUGGAUUUGAGAAGCAACAGGUGCUAUAUCACUACACAGAAUCACGGGUUCCAUGUGGAGGAGUCCACACUACCCCAGGAUUGGUUGCCUCUGUUCAGGAAUGCCAAUGAUCAGACAAAUGAAGGUGUGCCGAUACACGGUACCUGUCCGAUGUUUGUAGAAACAAAACAUACAUUCUUGUGCAACAUAUAUCCAUCGCUACACCUUCGCUUCGUUUCCGUUACAGGUCUUUCCAUCGGUCAGGCUGGUGAGUUCGACUACUCUGGUUCUCAGUGCAUCAAAGCGCUGAAGGAGGAGGGUAUCGAGACUGUCUUGAUCAACUCGAACAUUGCGACCAACCAAACGUCCAAGGGCCUGGCCGAUAAGGUGUACUUCUUGCCUGUGACACCCGAGUAUGUGCUGAAGGUGAUCCGCGAGGAGAAGCCCGAUGGUGUGCUAGUGACCUUCGGAGGCCAGACCGCCCUCAACUGUGCGAUUGCCAUCCAGCAAGACCUGAUUGAUAUGGGAGUGGCUGUGCUCGGGACACCCAUCCCCACCAUUGAAGAUACAGAAGACAGAGAGCGUUUCAAUGAGAUUCUCGACUCUAUUAACGAGAAGACAGCUGUUUCUAUGGCAGCGGAUAACACCAAAGAUGCCAUCAGGGGCGCUAACGAGAUCGGAUACCCGGUUAUUGUACGAGCAGCCUUCGCACUGGGUGGACUUGGCUCAGGGUUCGCCAACAAUGACAAAGAGAUGAGAGCUCUUGUGGACCAAGCACUCAACACAUCCCCCCAAGUCCUGGUUGAACGAUCUAUGAAGGGCUGGAAGGAGGUUGAGUACGAGGUUGUGCGUGAUUGCUACGAUAACUGUAUCACUGUCUGUAAUAUGGAGAACUUCGAUCCCCUUGGUAUCCACACCGGUGACAGUAUUGUUGUGGCACCAUCACAGACGCUUUCGGAUGCAGAGUACAACAUGCUCAGAGAUACCGCCGUUAAGGUGAUUCGACGUCUCGGUGUAGUCGGUGAGUGCAACAUCCAGUACGCACUCAAUCCCAACAACAUGGAGUACUGUAUCAUCGAGGUCAAUGCCCGUCUGUCUCGAUCAUCGGCCCUGGCGUCCAAGGCAACCGGGUAUCCUUUGGCCUAUGUUGCGGCUAAGCUUGCGCUCAACAUACCCCUGCCUGAGAUUCUCAACCAGGUCACCAAGAAGACCUGUGCUUGCUUCGAGCCUAGUCUGGACUACUGCGUGGUCAAGAUACCCCGAUGGGAUCUGCGCAAGUUUGACCGAGUGUCGACCAAAGUGGGCAGUGCAAUGAAGUCUGUGGGUGAGGUUAUGAGCAUUGCACGCACCUUCGAAGAGGCCAUGCAGAAGGCCGUGCGCUGUGUAGACGAUAGCAUCCCCGGUUUCCAGGCGCCAACUGCCAUGCUCGAGUCCUCCGAUGAGGUGGUGGCCGAUCUGCUUGAAAAUGCCACAGAUAAGCGCUUGUUCUAUGUCGCUGUUGCCCUGGAGCGUGGUUGGACGGUAGACCGUGUCUGGGAGCUUACUAAGAUCGACAAGUGGUUCCUUUCCAAGCUCUCCAAUAUUGUGGUAUACCGCAAACACCUGGAGAGAAUUGGGGAUGCCCCGAAGUUGACACAUGCCAAUGUUCUACGUGCCAAACAACUCGGUUUCAGUGAUCGUCAGAUCGCCGAGUACUGUUCCAGUACGGAAAUGAACGUGCGCAAGAUCAGAUCGUCUAUGAAGAUCAUGCCCUGGAUCAAGCAGAUCGACACCGUCGCGGCCGAGUUCCCAUGUGUCACCAACUACCUCUACAGCACCUACAACGCUUCCUACCAUGACAUCACCUUCAACGACCACGGUGUGAUUAUGCUGGGUAGUGGUGUGUACCGUAUCGGCUCCAGUGUGGAGUUCGAUUGGUGUGCCGUAAGUGCCAUCAAAGCGCUCAGAGCCGAGGGCCUCAAGACCAUCAUGCUGAACUACAACCCCGAGACAGUGUCCACUGAUUUUGACGAAGUCGAUCGCCUGUACUUCGGAAACAUCUCUGUGGAGACUGUUGUAGACAUCUACGAGAUGGAAAGCAGUGCCGGUGUGUUCAUCUCCAUGGGUGGCCAGGCGCCUAACAACAUCGCCAUGACCCUACACCGCAACGGCGUUAAGAUCUUCGGUACCUCCCCGACCCAGAUCGACCAGGCCGAGAAUCGAUACAAGUUCAGUCGGCUGCUGGAUAGUAUGGGCGUGGAUCAGCCCCGCUGGAGAGAGUUGACCAGUCUGGACGAAGCGGCCAGCUUCUGCAACGAAGUGUCGUUCCCAGUGCUGGUACGCCCGUCGUACGUGCUGUCGGGUGCAGCCAUGAACGUAGUGCACACCCACGACGACCUGCAGGAAUACCUGGGCCAGGCCGCGGAGGUGUCUCGCGAGCAUCCCGUGGUGAUUAGCAAGUUCAUUGAGAACGCGAAGGAGAUUGAGAUGGAUGCCGUAGCCAAGGACGGUGAGCUGAUCAUGCACGUGAUCAGCGAGCACGUCGAGAAUGCCGGGGUGCACUCGGGAGAUGCGACGUUGAUCCAGCCGCCCCAGGAUCUGGACGAGAAGACCAUGAGCCGUAUCGUCGCUGCCACCGCAGCCAUUGCCCAGGGCCUACGGGUAACGGGACCCAUGAACAUCCAGUUCAUUGCCAAAGACCAGACCAUCAAGGUCAUUGAGUGCAAUGUGCGUGCCUCGCGGUCGUUCCCCUUUGUGUCCAAGACAUUGGGUGUGAACCUGAUUGAGAUGGCGACGCUUGCAAUGAUUGGCAAGGAUGUCGUGCCGUACCCCAACGCUGGCCGACCCAAAUUGGACUACUGCUGUAUCAAGGUGCCCCAAUUCUCCUUCAACCGAUUGAGCGGUGCUGAUCCCAUUAUGGGCGUUGAAAUGGCGUCAACCGGAGAGAUUGGUUGCUUUGGCCGCAACAAGCAUGAGGCGUACCUGAAGGGUCUGACCGCGGUGGGGUUCAAGAUCCCCAAAGUCAAGAACGUCCUGCUAUCCAUCGGUUCUUUCCAGGAAAAGAACGAGUUCCUGCCUUGUGUGCGCGAGCUUGUGGAGACUGGAUGGACCAUCUACGCCUCUCCCGGAACGGGUGACUUCUUGACUGAGCACGGUAUCACAGUCAAGGUUUUGGACCACAUCUUCGGGGAGUUUGAGCACCAGGAGAAGGAGGAGUUCUCCAUCUCGCACUACUUGCGCGAGAGCAAGAUUGGCCUGUACGUCUGUCUACCCUCACGUAACAAGUACCGUCGUCCUGCUUCGUACAUUUCGCGUGGAUACACUACCCGUCGUAUGGCUGUCGACUUCCAGGUCCCCUUGAUCACGAACAUCAAGUGUGCCAAGCUGUUUGUAGACGCCAUCUACAAGUACCCCAACAUCGCCGACCUUCCUCUAGGGGCGCAUGAUGUGAUCUCAUCGCUAGACGUUAAGUCUCUGCCUGGACUCGUGGAUGUGGCUGUGCAACCAGAGACGCUUAACAAGGAGGCUCUGACGUCUCUGACCAAGAAGUGUCUGGCCGCUGGUAUAACCCUGCCAUGCUUCGCCGCGUCAGGUAACACCUCAUCGGUCGUCACCGCGCCUGCGUUCACGGACUUUGCCCUGGCCACGACCAACAUCGAGGACCUAGGUGCAGAUAUGGGAGCAAACGCACUCUUUAUCCAGCAAGAGAAUGUGAAUGUUCCUGAACUGUUCACUGGCUUGGCCGAUGUACCGGCCGACGUGGCGCUGAUCUCCAACGCGAGUGGUAACACCCUGGCGUCGCUGCUGUUUAUCAGUCAGAUGCAAGGCCGCGCGGUGCAUUUCUCUCAGGUAUCUCGUGCGGACGACCUCAACCUCAUCGCCGCCGCCAAGGACAACAUGUGUCCCGUCACCUGCGACGUCAAUCCAUUGCUGCUGUCUCUAUCGGCCCAGGACUUCGAGGCCACCACCGGCUCUACACCCACUCUGCUGAACUACUUGGCCAGUAAGAAGGCGUGUGCGGGUACAUGGGCGGAUGUGGAUACCAUCAAGAGUAACCUACAUCUUGUGGACGCGUUCUCGGCGGGUCAGUGCACCGAUCACCUAUCAGAGGUGGUUGUGGCCGCGCUUACGGCGGUUAAGAAUGGACUGUUGACCAUCGAGGAAUUCCAGGUCAAGUACUCUGAGAUGCCCCGACGCAUCCUUCGCCUUGCCCCCGCAACACCAGCCAUUUCAGCGGAAAUUGCAGUAGACAGCGAGAACUCCGUCGCCACCUCUGGUAUCUUCUCCGACCGCAAGACCUUUGGUCGCGUGCGAGCAGUCAAGCUCAACAACUCGAUAAUCGCUGAACGGAACGAGGUCGUAGGCCAACCCACUGGUAUCUACCGCGUUGCUAUGGCAACCGGGGCAGCCGGAGUGGCGCUGAACGUAUCGGCCGCUACGCCUGGACCGGCACCUACACCUAAGUUGGUGACAGAGAGCUUCCCUAGUGCAUUUAUGGCGGAAGCGGAGAGUCCCAGUGUUGGAGGUCGUUCCCUGAGCCAGUACACCCCCAACAUGACCCCCAAGACCAUUGCCGCAUCGUCAACGCCCGCUAUGACAGCGCUAGCGCACUCUACGGCGUCGCUCAAGCACUGUCUGAGCAUCAACCAAUUCGACCGAAAGUAUCUGCAUAACCUGUUCCAGGUGGCAUCCGAUAUGCGUGUCAUGGUCGAGCGUACAGGCAAAAUUGAUCUGCUCAGCGGAAAGGUGCUGGCCUGUGUGUUCUACGAGGCAUCCACUCGCACCAGCACAUCGUUCCAGACUGCCAUGCUUCGCCUGGGUGGUCAGGUCGUCAACGUCGACUCCACUUCAUCGUCAGUGACUAAGGGCGAGAGUCUCGAGGACACCAUCAGAUGUCUGGAGUGCUACGCCGAUGCUAUCGUACUGCGUCACCCUACCAAGGGAACGGCUGACGUCGCCGCCUCUGUGGCCUCAGUGCCCGUCAUCAACGCCGGUGACGGUAUCGGCGAGCACCCCACACAGGCUCUGUUGGACCUCUACACCAUCCGCGAGGAACUGGGUACCAUCAACGGCCUGACUAUCGCGGUUAUCGGUGAUCUCAAGCACGGACGCACCACGCACUCGCUGGUCAAGCUGCUGUGCCACUACCAGGUGAAUUUUAUCUUUGUGGCUGAGGAGUCUCUGGCUAUGCCCGAGUACGUGCUGGAUGCGGUCCGAGCGGCCGGCAAGAAGUACACGGUCACCAACGACCUGCAACAGAUCCACCAGGCCGAUGUGUGGUACCAGACACGCAUCCAGAAGGAGCGGUUCAACAGUGUGAGUGACUACGAGGCGUGUAAGGGCAGGUUUACGAUCAGUGCGCAGACGCUGCGUAUUGCCAAGGAGAAGAUGUGCAUCCUGCACCCCCUACCACGAGUGGACGAGAUCACGCCCGAGGUGGACUACGACCCGCGUGCGGCGUACUUCCGGCAGAUGAAGUACGGGCUGUACGUGCGUAUGGCUCUGCUGGCUGUGACGAUGGCUCAGAUGUAAGGCAUUAGCUUGGCAUGCUCGCGAGUGUCGUUGACGAGUGCACGGUGCUCUGUUGACGUACACACACGUGUACACAGGGUAAGGGUGGCGUGAAGUGGUAGCUGAAUAUGAUAGGCACCACUGGGCAGGCGUGCUUGUCAAACUUGGUCGGACACUCGAGCUGCCGGCGCAGCUAAACCCCCAAGAACUUAAUACAUAGCAUGAUACACAUGCAUACAGGUACAAGUUUCAUAGUUAUUUGUACUGCAAUUUAGAAUCGGCCUAACAAGGGCUUGUAGAAAAGGAGCGAUGAGCGAUGUCCGUGACCGCUCGGAAUCCGUUGAAUGAGAAAUAUAGUGUUAGAAAUCUUCUGUGAUAGUCUCACGAUAAUGUACAUAAGGUGACAGAGACGUACAUCUAAAACGUUUACGAUAUGGUUGAUCUUUAAUAAAUCAAAUACUGUCAAA